ACAUCUCCAGACGGCAGCCUGCUAGCCUGCUAGCCUGUUAGCCUGUUAGCCUGCUAGCUGUCAGUGCUAGCCUGUAUAUCGGUCUGAAUAGAACCAGUUUAUGAGUUGAGUUUUUGGAUAAAAUGCCGAGAGUGGCGCGCGAGGCGGAGCUGCGGACUCUGACGGAGUGUGAGUACAGGUGUCCAGGUGAGACCCUGUCAGACCUGCAGAUGGUCCGGUCCCUCUUCUCUGAUCUGCGUCUCUAUGUGGACUACUACUGUUUUCCGAACAAAGAGAAGAAGAAGCUGGUUUAUCUGGCCGGGACACUUCCUGUUUCCUACGACGGAAGUGAGUAUAAUAUCCCAGUGUGCAUCUGGCUGCAUGAGACCCACCCGGCGUCCCGUCCUCGCUGCUUCGUGUGUCCGUCCGUCUCCAUGGUGAUCAACCCGUCCUGCUGCUGCGUGGACGCCUCCGGGAACAUCAGUCUGGACGCUCUCAGCACCUGGACGCAGGGCGUCUCCAACCUGUUGCUGCUGGUGUCAGAGAUGAGGCUGGUCUUCCAGAAGGACCCGCCCCUUUAUGCCAGGUCACCGGCCAACGCCACACACCCUGCACCGGCCACGCCCCCUGCCGGUGUGCCGGUGUCUGGACAGAAAGCCAGCCAAUGGGAGCAGAGUAGCGAGACGAGGCGGUCGUACACUGAGGAGCUGCUGGGGAUCGACUUCAGUUCUUCAUCUUCAUCGUCCUCCAACAACCCCUUCCUCUCCUCCUCCUCCUCAGAAAGUUCAGAUCCUCUCAGCAGCAGGAUGGGAGCUCUGACGCUGAGAGCAGGAUCACCUGUACGCAUAGUCCAAUCAGGAGCAGCCUCAGACAGACAGAUGACCGUCCAAUCAGGAGCAGCCUCAGACAGACAGAUGACCGUCCAAUCAGGAGCAGCCUCAGACAGACAGAUGACCGUCCAAUCAGGAGCAGCCUCAGACAGACAGAUGACCGUCCAAUCAGGAGCAGCCUCAGACAGACAGAUGACAGCAGCUAGAGCGGACCUCAUGAAGAUGGCGGCUGGUCUUCCUCCCGACAAGGCGGCCAUCUUCCUGUCUCUGGUCACCCUGGAGGGGCGGGGCUUCAGCCCUGAUGAUGUCAUGGAGGCCGUCAGACUCAGCAGAGAUUUCCCAUCAGCUCUGAGGUUCCUGUCUCACUGCUGCCCGCUCUGCCAGGACCAAGUGUCCUUCAGCAAGAUCAUCACCAUGACUCACUGCUCCUGCUUCCUGUGUGAGACGUGUUUUAAGGCCUUCUUCUCUGCAGCCAUUAAAGAGCGCAGCAUCGAUCAGCUGGUCUGUCCUCAGUGUGGCCGGCCAGAGGUCAAAGGUCACACAGGGAUGGAGUACUUCAACCUGCUGGACACUCAGAUCCGUCACUUCCUGUCUCCUGAGAUCCAUGAACUGUUCCAGAGGAAACUCCGAGACCGAGCGCUGCAGGAGAUGCCAAACUUCCGCUGGUGUGCUCACUGUUCGUUCGGCAUGCUUCAUGAAGCGGACCGGUUGAGAAUGGACUGUCCCAGCUGCAACAAGAGUACCUGCUGUCAGUGCAGAUCAGCUUGGUCUCCUGAACAUCAGGGAGUUUCCUGUCAGCAGUUCAGAGUCUGGCAGCAGCAGAACCAUCCAGACCUCCAGAACCUGCUCAGCUCCAGCAGCAUCGAGUGUCCAGAGUGUCAGAGUGUCUUCAGUCUGUCCCGAGGAGGCUGUCUCCACUUCACCUGCAGCCAGUGUCAGCAUCAGUUCUGUGGUGGCUGCAGCCAGCCCUUCUACCCCGGAUCUGCUUGCAGUUUCUCUGCCGACUGUGGAUCUAAAGGUCUUCACGCCCACCACCCCCGAGACUGUCUGUACCACCUGAGAGACUGGAGCGUGUCCCGCCUCCACCUGCUGCUACAGUAUUACAGAGUGUCUCCUUCCUGGGUGGAAGCGGCCAAUGGCAGCUCAGCUCACAUCAGUCAGACAGGUGAGGUGUGUUUGAUUCUGGAGCUGAGAGACGACGGCAGCCGCUCGGAGGAGCCCUGCGGACGCCCAGCGCCACCCGAGUACCGAGGGCACUGCCAGGUGCACUAUAAGGAGCGAUUGGUGGAGCUGAUCAACCGUUGCCGUGCCGACCCGGCAGUCCUGUUCAGCGUGGCGGAGAUGAAGGCGGAGCUUCAGCGCUGGAACACCGCCAUGCCGACCAGGAAACCAGAGGAACCAGAGCCGCUGUACGCACACCGCCUACGCAUGACUCUGACCAACAGCGUUCCUCUCAGGAAGCAGCGACGCUCUGACAUCUAACCCCCUCCCGGCAGCUGUCUUCAUCACCGUAGCAACCACUAACUUUAAUUUAAACGGAGACGAAGUGCUUCUGCUGUGACUUCAACUGUAGCGUUCACGUUUCAUCCUCUCGGUUAACAGUGUUACUCUGUCCUGGUGGAACAUGGUCGCUGUAGUUUUUAGGUACUUUUUACUUUGGGUAAUGUUGAAUGUGUAGUUUUUGGUUGGUGAUUUGCUGAGUCAUUCCACUGCUACAUGUAGCUACAUGUAGCUACAUGUAGCUACAUGCUAACGCCAUGGAAACCUGUCAUCUUGGCUGCUAAUGGCGUUAGUUUCUCAUUCCUUCUGGAACAUUCAGUCCAGUUUGUAGUUUUUCAUGAUGUGAGCAUGUGCAGAACAGACGCCAUCUCUGACAGCUCGCUACGGCUACACCACAUGGACAAAACACACAGUUACCGACCGACGCCAUACGAUAUA